AUGAAACAAGAGCAGAUUUUUUCAUUUUCAAAUUUGGUAAGCACUUCACUGACUAAGAAAACAGUAGAUACUGAUGGGCAAAAAGGAAAUUGGUUCCAUAUAAGAUGGAUUCGUUAUGAAAAAAUGUAUGAUCAGUUGCAGUUUAAGUAUAGUCUCAAUCCAGAAGAACCAUUUAGAGUCUUAGACCUCACACAAAGUGGUAAAAGAGGAAGACCAAAAAAUAUAACAACAUAUUCCACAGAAUUAACCAAUUGUUAUACAAGUCCUUUACCCAUCAAUCCAAAAAAAAAACAAGAUUUGUUGAGUCUAUUACCUUUGAUACAUGAAGACUGCCAUAGCUUCUACCAAAAAUUAAAAACUUCUAAUGAUGCUGCUGAACUGUUAUUAAUCAGUGAUUCUUCCUCAGAUGAAGGAUAA